GGAAGGCCAGUUCCAGGGAGCAAACAGCGGCCCUCAUAAACGACAGCUUGUUAGUUCUCAGAGCACUUGUGUUGGGGGAUGUGUUUCGAGGACCCCAGCCUACUCUGAAAUGAACCCAUCUAUCUUUGACCUUGACCUUGUCUACUCAGAUAUUGAGGGGCUCCCCUGUUCCUGGGGUGAGGCACAUAUGGCAGUGGGAGGGGUGAGAGGCUUUGGUGGAGGUGCGGCCACUGUGCCCCUUCUUCACACUGGGGGGCAACUUCUUGGACCCUCCAACGUCACAGACGGAAGAGAGCCUUUCUUCCCAUUGGGAAUGCCCUCUCGUUGCCCGAGGCAGAAUCCACCUGUGCCCAGUGCCGUGAACGGUCCUCGGUUCUCUCAGAACGUGGCCAAAUUCAACCCUGGGUUCGAGGGGGUGGACGAGGCAGCUGAUGUCCUCCUCCAAGGCUGCUCAGGCCAAGCCAAGAGAAGGGAGGCAGCCCCUGGCCACCGUGCACUGACCACACGAUUGUCGCCGACUCUAGGAACUACACCGUGGUGAACACGGAGAAGGGCCUUAUGGAAGUGCAGCGGAUGAGCUGUGCGGGAAUGAAGCUAAGCUGCCAGCUCAAGGUCCAGAACUCUCUGUGGACAGCCACCGAGGACCAGAAGAUCUACAUCUAUAACCUCAAGGGCAUGUGCCCCUUAAACACACCCCAACGGGCUUUGGACACCCCGGCGGUCGUCACCUGCUUGUUGGCAGUGCCUAUUAUUAAAAAGAAUUCCUACCUGGUGCUGGCAGGCCUGGAUGACGGGCUUGUGGCGGUGUUUUCCGUGGUGCGGGGUGCCCCGGACCACAGCUGCUCCUACCUGUGCUCACACACGGCCAACAGGUCCAAGUUCAGCAUCCCAGAUGAAGACACGCGGCAGAACCCCUACCCCGUGAAGGCCAUGGAGGUGGUCAACAGCGGGUCCGAGGUCUGGUACAGCAACGGGCCGGGCCUGCUGGUCAUCGACUGUGCAGCCCUGGAGAUCAGCAGGAGGCUGGAGCCCUACUCGGCCCCUUCGGUGGUCACCUCGGUCGUGGGCAGCUCUGAGUGCCGAGGGGAGGAGGUCGUCUGGUGCCUGGACGACAGGGCCAACUCCUUGGUGAUGUACCACGCAGCCACCUACCAGCUGUGUGCCCGGUACUUCUGCGGGGACCCCAGCCCGCUCAGAGACAUGUUUCCUGUGCACCCACUGGGCCCGGAGUCCCUGGGCAGCCACGCAGCUGGCUCUGAAGAGCCCGAGGGGGACUCCAUCGCGGACGUGAGCAUCAUGUACAGCGAGGAGCUGGGCACGCAGAUCCUGACCCACCAGGACUCGCUGACCGACUACUGUUCCAUGUCCUCCUACUCCCCCUCCUCUCCCCACCGGGCCCCCGCGGCCUCCUCCAGCCUGCCCUGCUCCCCAGCAAGCUCUUCCAGCGUGCCCUUCUCCACCGACUGCGAGGACUCCGACCGGCUGCAUGAGCCCGCCGCGGGCUCCGACAGGUCUGAGCACGACCUGACCCCCAUGGACGGGGAGGCUUUCAGCCAGCAUCUGCAGGCCGUGAGGAUCCUAGCCGUGAAAGACGUCAUCUGGGUCCCCAGGCGCGGGGGCGACGUUAUUGUCAUUAGCCUGGAGAAGGAGGCCGGCAGCCAGCGGGGCCGCGUCAUCGCCGUCUUAAAAGCCCGGGAGCUGACUCCGCAUGGGGUGCUUGUGGAUGCAGCCGUGGUGGCAAAGGACACAGUCGUGUGCGGCUUUGAGAACGAAAACACGGAGUGGUGCCUAGCUGUCUGGAGGGGCUGGGGCACUAGGGAGUUUGACGUUUUCUACCAGUCCUACGAGGAGCUGGGCCGACUGGAGGCUUGCAUGCGGAAGAGAAGGUGAUUCCUGUGGAAUGACAGUCGUGGAGACCCGGCUGCCCCGGGUCAGUGGCUUGACCCCCCUGCCUGCAGCCUGCCGCCCCCCUGAGGACCCAGAAGAUGGAGUGGGUUCGCCCAUGAACCACUUGCUGCUAGAAGUGCCGAGAAGUUACCACCCUGGCCGUGGUCUGGGGGGCUCCCCGGUUCUCCAGAGCAGAGUUAGCUGCCUACCUCCAUUCUCCCAUUGCUGGUUUUACAACCCAAGAGAAGACGGUGGGGCCCAGUUGGGAGCAACUCCCCCUGCCUCCUCCACCCACUUCCAGGAGCAGGGGACGGGGAUCCCGCUCCACACUGGGUCACACAAAGCGGGGCUGGGUCUUCAUGGCACAGUUCCCUCCCUAGGUCUGGGAGGCAUUACACUAGAGGCUCUCAGCUGGGGAGCAGUUCGGGGCAGGGGAGGAGGGGGCCGUGACCUCUGCCCCUUCCCCGAGUGGCCUCCAGGCUCUCAGCACAUUUCACAAGCCCCUGGGGGCUCCAGUGCCCCAGGGCCGCGCUUGGGCAAGCUGAGAUCAGAUGUCUCCCGCUUAGGAAAGUCUCUGUGUGAGGAGCCCUCAGAAGGACCGUCGGGGAGGAGCGCUGCCCAGUCUGGGGGAAUGAAUGAGUUCCUUUAAGUGACCCAGCCGGAAAGCCAAGAGCUAACGCAGGGCUCAGAGCACCCACUCAGCCUCUACAUUCUUCUCCCGCCGACAAAAGGCAGGGGAAACUCAAUCAUCAGGACUUAAGAAAGGGCCGUGUGUUUAUAGCUUUGUAAAGUAAACUUGGACACAGCUGAAGCACAAGCCCUGUCUGUUUGCACAUAAUAAUCUUGUUUAUCACUUUAACAAAUUAAGUAAUAGCUCAGUGGUUAGGCCCCGGUUGUGAAAUCACAUCGUAUGGGGCUUCUACCAAAUUAUGCAUCAGCAUUGACUACACACAUGUACAGCAAAGUCUAAAGAGCAAAAUUGUUAAUGGGGGGUUUAUGGGUCUGACAACGACCGUUUUUAUAAAUUACGCACACACACAUGCACACGUACCACAUGGUUCCCAAGAGGAAUCACUUAAGGCUGCUGACCCCAGAACGGCGGUGUGAACAUGAGGUCAUACUCCAGUUCAAGUUGUUGACCUUUUCCUAAAAUUAAGUUAUAAAAAUCAAACUUAAGAUUGGCUGGGAUAUGCGGGCAAAUGUGGUUCCUUUUAUCUGAAAAUAAACGGAUUCUCUUGAGAAUGA